GGCUAUGUCUUCCACGAUUCCUGCUGGAGACUGCUGCAAGAAGCGUCGCGCCCAGCCCCGUUCUCGCUCCAGAGAUUGCUCGACGUCUGCCGCUCCCUUCCCGUUUUACCCCAUAGUCACGCGCCAAGCUGGGGCCAUGAUUAUGGCGGAGCUGCUGUCGUAGACAAGACGUACUCCUUCCCCUGGGAAGAAGAAGGACGAUACGACGCCCGGGAUUUCUCCGGGCCGGACCCGGUGUUCAGCGCGGACCCCUAUCAGGUCCCCGGCGUCGACCGUCUCAUUGCCGAGGAUCCACAGGAACCGCCGCCGGCCUUCACGCAUAUCGCUCGGCCGUCUCGGAUUCUAUUAGGGAGGGACUGUUUCGCGUCACUGCCUGCAGAGUUAUGCGCAGCCAUUGCCAUGCUCCUGCCUACCGCAGAUGCGCUUCGCGCUCGCCUGGCCUCGUGGGCAUUCUUCCCCCUUUUCUACAGUCAGCAGUUCUGGGCUUCCAGAUUCGGGGCGUCUGGCGACCGGUCCUGGCUCUUUGAAACCCGCGAUCACUCGCCAAAAGACUGGCGCUGGCUCUACCGUCACACUCAUAAAGACGUCCAUCUCAACCAUGGACUCCGCAAUAGGCGGCGCAUCUGGCGUCUCCUGGAAGGUGUGGUGAAUAUUAUGACUCUUGUCUGGAACAAUCUGCCCCCCGCCUUGCCCCUGUUAUGGUCGCUGGAUUCCGUUCUGCAAGCUACUGAUCAGCGCAUCGAGGCGACUGGGCUUCUCUGGAGUGCCGAGCAGCCCGGUGGCGCCGACUAUUUCCGCUACGGCUGCCGUAGAUUCCGAACCCAAAGAGUUGCUAUCCCCGACACUCUUGCGCGUCUAUCCGUCUCUACCGCUGCUUUCCCCGAUGAUGGGUAUAUUGUGGGAAUGUCUCUCUCUACCCUUGCCGGAGAUCACAUUCGCCUGGGCUACUGCUCUCCUUCGGAACAUUCCGUCGAGCUUUCCCACCUCUGGGGCUUCCGCCUGGCCAUAGGAUCUCGCGGCCUCCAGGGUCUCCAAUGCAUUACUGGGCCGGCGGGUUCGGGGUCGCCCUGGCUCGGAUACCUGGAUGAGGUGCCUCAAACCGAUCGGCUGCUGGUCGCCGGCCGUAUCCUGGGGCUGGAAGCAGGGUUCGAUGGGUGCAAGAUGGUCAGUCUCGCUGUCUAUGUACGAUCGACUCCUCUUCGAGGAGCCUUGCCGCACCAAAGCCGAUUCCGAGACGCAGCGGUGUGGUAUCCUACCAUUCCGCCACCGAACCUCUGCUUGAACGAGGACUCAUUCCCCCAACUUGACUCUUAUAUGGUUGGCUACAACCCACUGUUCUGGUGCCACUUCGGAGGACCGGGGGGGAAGUACCUUCGGCACCUGACCAGCAUUUCGGCGACAUCCUCGGAUGGCUUGCUUCGAAUCCACUUUUCCUACAACAAAGAAGUUCCACCAGAGCAUCGAGUCCUUGGCCGCCUCAGUAUCGUAGAGGAACAUGACUAUGUCCUCGGCUUCUCCAUCGAUGGGCCUGGCGGAGAGCGUAUUGAAGGCAUCAAGAUG